AUGCUCUCAUGCAUCCCGCUCGUCGCCCUCGUCGUGCUCUGCGCAGGCGACAUCGCGACGCUGUUUGCGGAACCGCUCGGAGCCUCUGGACAUCCUCUUGGGGCUGUGGUCCACCUGAUCUUCAAUGCUUCACGCCAGGACAACGCCCUCUCCAGUGCCGUGGUCGGGCUCAUCGCACCGAUUUCCAUGAUGCCUUCUACCAAUACGACCGCAGCAGCUAGCAGGAUGCUCUUCUUGUUUGUCCGUGACGAUCACAGCCCCUUUGUGUACAGGGCCAUGUAUAAGCUGAUGGCAGUCACAUGCUCACUCUAUUCCAGGUUCUACCAGCCCAACCUGCUUGGCCGAGACUUCACAGGGAUCUUCCACCUCGGGACAUUUUGGGAAAAGACCGUUGACGGUGUCUCGGUGGUUUUCUUGACAUUUGUCUGGGUUCUGUGCCGGUUUCCAUUCACGACACCGGUCGACGGGACGGCGUUGAACUACGCUCCUGUCAUCGAUGUAGGGCUGGGAAUUGGUUUCACCGUUUACUGUUUCGCUUAUGCUCGCCAUCGCUACACGAAUCCUGCGCCAGAGGAAAUCGGCAACGUGAACGUUCCUGUUCCCUCGAUGCCGAGUAUUGGCAAGUCGUAG